AUGGUUAACGUAGUUUUGGGUGCGCAAUGGGGGGACGAAGGUAAGGGGAAGUUGGUCGAUUUGCUCGUGGGUCACUACGACAUUGUCGCUAGAUGUGCCGGUGGGAACAACGCUGGCCACACGAUUGUCGUUGACGGGGUCAAGUACGACUUCCACAUGCUCCCCUCCGGGCUUGUCAACCCGAACUGUCUGAACUUGAUCGGGAACGGGGUUGUGAUGCACAUCCCGUCGUUCUUCCAAGAACUGGAGAACAUCGAGUCCAAAGGUAUGACCACGGCGAGGGAGCGGUUGUUCAUCUCCUCGCGUGCUCACAUUGUCUUUGGGUUCCACCAGCGCACGGAUAAGUUGCGUGAGCUUGAGCUUGCCGGGAGGUCCAAAGACGGGAAGAACAUUGGUACCACGGGGAAAGGGAUCGGCCCCACGUACUCGACGAAGGCGUCGCGUUCCGGGUUGCGGAUCCACCACUUGGUCAACGACGACCCUAACUCGUGGGAGGAGUUCAAGACGAAGUACAUGCGGUUGCUGGAGACCCGUUGGGCCCGGUACGGCCACUUCGACUACGACUACGAGGGCGAGCUCGCCGCGAUGAAACAGUACCGUGAGACGCUCAAACCGUUUGUGGUGGACUCCGUGUUCUUCAUCCACGACGCGAUCCGCCAGGGGAAGAAGAUCCUCGUCGAAGGUGCAAACGCGCUGAUGCUUGAUAUUGACUUCGGGACGUACCCGUACGUGACCUCUUCGAGCACGGCAAUCGGCGGUGUGUUGACCGGUCUCGGGAUCCCACCGCGCGCCAUUGAAAACGUCUACGGGGUAGUCAAGGCGUACACGACGCGUGUCGGUGAGGGACCCUUCCCAGCGGAACAACUAAACGAACAGGGGGAGAAGUUGCAACAGAUCGGCGCGGAGUACGGUGUCACGACGGGCCGCAAGAGGCGUUGUGGGUGGCUCGACUUGGUCAUCAUGAAGUACUCCACGUGGAUCAACGGGUACACGUCGCUGAACGUCACGAAACUGGACGUCCUGGACACCUUCGACGAGAUCCCAGUCGCCGUUGGCUACACUCUCAACGGCAAGAAACUCGACCUUUUCCCAGAAGACUUGAACACUCUGGGCAAAGUCGACGUCGAGUACGUCACGCUGCCCGGCUGGAAGCAGGACAUCACCUCGAUAAAGUCGUACAACGACCUCCCAGAGAACGCCAAGAAAUACCUGCAGUUCAUCGAGGACUUCGUCGGCGUCCCCGUCGAGUGGGUCGGCACGGGCCCAGCAAGAGACAGCAUGCUACAUCGCGACGUCUGA